UCAAACAUUGUGAAGCUUGAUUUUACGUUAUUCGAAGUUCGUAAGUGAAUCUAAAAGAUAAAAUGACUGACAAAAUUGAAUCUUCAGCUGCACCAGCUGUAGUGGCAACACCUAAGAAGGCUGCAUCUCCUAAGAAGGCUGCUGUCCCGAAAACAAAGAAGCCUCGUGUCGCUGCGAAGGCAGCUGCUCAUCCUCCUGCAUCCGAGAUGGUGCUUGCAGCAGUCGCGGCUUUGAAGGAAAAGAAGGGCUCUUCUCUUCAAGCAAUCAAAAAGUACAUUGUUGCAACAUACAAAGUUGAUGCUGAAAAACAGGCCAUUUUCAUUAGGAAGUACCUUAAAUCAGCAGUUACCAGCGGAGCUUUGGUUCAGACUAAGGGAUCAGGUGCUGCCGGAUCCUUCAAGUUGCCUGCAGGUAAAACUGAGGCCAAGCCAAAAUCUACUAAAGUUGCUCCGAAAGCCAAAUCUGCUUCAAAGGCAAAAAAACCAGCAUCCCCGAAGAAGGCUCUUAAAGCGAAAAAGACUGUUGAAAAGAAGAAAUCUACAAAGGUUGCAGCAAAAGCACCUAAGGCAAAAUCCACCAAACCGAAAGCGGCUUCUCCCAAAAAAAAAGUUGCGACAAAGAAGGUUGCAAAGAAGUAAAUUAUAUGAAAAUGUUUUUUAUGCACUGCGAAUACACAAAACGGCCCUUUUCAGGG